ACGGCCCCGCCCCACGGGGUGAUGCUGCAGCUGCCGCGGCGGGGCCGGGGGCGCCGGGCUAGGACGGAGCUGUACCCCGAAGAACCAGGAACCCAGCCUGGGAAAGGGAUGCCUCCCGUCUGGACGUACAGUGACACCCACCAGCCCUGCCUACGAUGAUCCCCCCAGCAAGCAGCACCCCUCCGGGAGAGGCCGUCAUCCCCAGUGUGGCUCCUCAGGACUUCUGGAGGUCUCCCAUCUCCAGCUACUCAGGGUCCGUGACAGGACACAUCAGCCACCGGGCCAACAACUUCAAACGCCACCCCAAGAGAAGGAAGUACAUUCGGCCCUCUCCGCCCCCACCCCCCAACACCCCAUGUCCCAUCGAGCUGGUGGACUUUGGGGACUUGCACCCACAGAGGUCCUUUUGGGAACUGCUCUUCAAUGGCUGCAUUCUGUUUGGUAUCGAAUUCAGCUACGCCAUGGAGACCGCGUACGUGACUCCGGUACUCCUGCAAAUGGGCCUGCCAGACCAGCUCUACAGCCUAGUGUGGUUCAUCAGCCCCAUCCUCGGUGAGCCCCGAUGGUGGACGGCCUCUGGAAAUCUCCGGAAGCUUCCAGAAGCCUCUGCUGAAGCAGCUUGAGGGACCUGAGGGGACAAGGGAGGAGUUAAGUUCAGCUCCUUAGUAUGGGGCUGUGGGAGAACACAGGAUUCUUGCUGCAGCCUCUGUUGGGUGCCUGGAGUGACCGAUGUACCUCAAGGUUUGGAAGGAGACGCCCUUUCAUUCUUGUCCUGGCCAUAGGGGCACUGCUGGGCCUUUCGCUCUUGCUCAAUGGAAGGGACAUUGGCAUGGCCUUGGCUGACACAGCCACCAACCACAAGUGGGGCAUCCUCCUGACAGUGUGCGGGGUGGUGCUGAUGGACUUCAGUGCAGACUCUGCAGAUAACCCCAGCCACGCCUACAUGAUGGAUGUGUGCGGCCCGGUAGACCAGGACCGAGGCCUGAACAUCCAUGCCCUCAUGGCGGGUCUUGGAGGCGGGUUUGGCUAUGUGGUCGGAGGCAUCCAUUGGGACAAGACCAGCUUCGGGAGGGCCCUGGGGGGCCAGCUCCGUGUCAUCUAUGUCUUCACUGCCAUAACCCUGAGUGUCACCACCGUGCUCACCCUGAUUAGCAUCCCCGAGAGACCCCUUCGGCCCCUGGGGGAGAAGAGGACAGCUAUGAAGAGCCCAAGCCUCCCAUUGCCCCCCUCCCCACCUGUCCUGUUGGAGGAGGGGGCUGGUGACGCCCUUCCCUCUACUACAGCCACCAGCCUGUACGCCAGCUUCUCCAGCCCCAUCUCCCCACCCAGCCCGCUCACCCCCAAGUAUGGCAGCUUCAUCAGCAGGGACAGCUCCCUCACAGGCAUCAAUGAGUUCGCAUCAUCCUUUGGCACCUCCAACAUAGACAGCGUGCUCAUUGACUGUUUCACAGCGGGCCAUGACAAUUACUUGGCUCUCCCCAGCAGUGUCCCGAGGCAGGCCAUCAGUGUCAGCUUUCCCCGGGCCCCCGAUGGCUUCUACUGCCAGGAGAGGGGGCUGGAGAGGAGAGAGGGACCCCUCACCUUGGGCUCGGAUGGAGAUGUGCUAAGAGUAGGCUCUCUGGACACCUCAAAGCCACGGGCCUCGGGGAUCCUGAAGAGGCCCCAGACCUUGGCUCUCCCAGAUGUGGCUGGAGGAAAUGGCCCUGAAACCAGCAGAAGAAGGAAUGUGACCUUCAGCCAACAGGUCGCAAACAUUCUCCUGAACGGUGUGAAAUAUGAGAGCGAGCUGACGGGCUCCAGCGAGCAGUCGGAGCAGCCACUGUCUCUGCGGCAUCUCUGUUCCACCAUCUACAAUAUGCCCAAGGCGCUGCGCAAUCUCUGUGUCAAUCACUUUCUGGGGUGGCUCUCAUUUGAGGGCAUGCUGCUCUUUUACACGGACUUCAUGGGCGAGGUGGUGUUCCAGGGAGACCCAAAGGCACCGCACACGUCGGAAGCAUAUCAGAAGUACAACAGCGGUGUCACCAUGGGCUGCUGGGGCAUGUGCAUCUAUGCCUUCAGUGCAGCCUUCUACUCAGCUAUCCUGGAGAAACUGGAGGAGUGUCUGAGCGUCCGCACCCUCUACUUCAUCGCCUACCUCGCCUUCGGCCUGGGGACCGGGUUGGCCACCCUCUCCAGGAACUUGUACGUGGUCCUGUCCCUCUGCACCACCUAUGGCAUCCUGUUUUCCACGCUCUGCACCCUGCCCUACUCCCUGCUCUGUGAUUACUACCAGAGUAAGAAGUUUGCAGGGUCCAGUGCGGAUGGCACACGGCGUGGCAUGGGCGUAGACAUCUCGCUGCUUAGCUGCCAGUACUUUCUGGCUCAGAUCCUUGUCUCUCUGGUCCUGGGGCCCCUGACCUCAGCUGUUGGCAGUGCCAAUGGUGUGAUGUACUUCUCCAGCCUCGUGUCCUUCCUCGGCUGCCUCUACUCUUCCCUGUGUGUCACCUACGAAAUUCCUUCUGUUGAUGCAGCCGAUGAGGAGCGCCAGCCCCUCCUGUUGAAUGUCUGACGUCUCAGAAUCUCAACUUUGGACUUGAAGGUGGUCAGCUGUGGGCUGGCCACUGAGAAACCAAAGGCCUUGGCAGCCAGCCAGGCUUCUAGUGGGAUGUAAAUACGGGCUAAAUAAACAACAGCAGCAAUCUUA